UUGGCCUCCCAAAGUGCUGGGAUUAUGUGAGCCACUGCGCCUGGCCUAGUUUUGGUUUCAAAGUAAAAGUAGCCCUAAACUCACUGUAACUAAAGGGUGGAAUGAGGCGGGACAGGGUCUAGAAUUGCUGCUCAGUGAUGUCUGUGUGCCUCCUGUUGGGGGAGCUGAGACUGUGGAUGGUUGGUUUCCUGGCUAGUUUCUCCCAGCACAGUGGGGACUGGCUCUGUUGUAUGAGGAAGACAGCACAUAGUGGCAGAGGCCCCUAGGGAGGCACAUAGUGCCACUCCCAUGGACUUCCCAUGGGAGGGAAUAGGCCUUUGGAAGGUAUGCAGGACCAAGGCAGACACUGGAUAAAGAACCAGGUAUUGCCUCAUCUGGGACAUUGCUCCCACACUCAGGAACCAGACCUUGUGGGUGAGGACACACUGUCUGUCCCUCCUGCCAAAUUAAUAACUUCCUCCCCAGCCAGAAUGCUGCAGCAGGCAGGAAUAUAGCUCUGCACUUACAGUAGCUCCUGCUCAGACCUUGUCAAAACCACCCUGCAGCUCAGGAUUAAGGAGCAUAGUCACAAGAAGGUGGGGUUUCAGGGCAUCCCUUAGAAACUGCCCGUCUCCCCAGAAUUCCACAAUGAAGGCCUAUGUGCUUGUAGGUGUGCUGGUCAUGGUGGGCUUCGCGGUGGGAAAGGGUAAGUGGGGCCCAGGGGCAGGGAGGGAGGGAGGGGUAACUGAGUCUAGGGUGGGGGUGGAGCUUGGCCGUGGAUACUUGGGCUUCCUACUGGCCAGGGUAUUUGAGAGUGAGCCAGUGCCCCCAUCCAUCCUUUCUUCUGCCUCCCCAGUUCCUGUUCCUGACAUCCGGACCUGCCACUUCUGCCUCUUAGAAGACCCUUCUGUAGGAUGCAUUUCAGGCUCAGAGAAGUGUACCAUCAGCAGCUCAUCCCCAUGCAUGGUGAUCACCAUCUAUUAUGAUGUCAAGGUUCGCUUCAUCGUUCGAGGCUGUGGACAGUACAAUUCCUACCGCUGCCAAGAAAAACGCAACACCUACUUUGCAGAGUACUGGUAUCAGGCCCAGUGCUGCCAGUAUGAUUAUUGCAACUCCUGGUCAAGCCCCCAGCUCCAGAGCUCCCAGCAGAAGCCCCAUGACAGGCCCCUGGCCCUGCCUUUGUCUGACUGGCAGAUUCAGUGGUUCUACCAGGCCCUGAACCUCUCACUGCCCCUCCCCAGUUUCCAUGCUGGGAAGGAGCCUGAUGGCCUGGACCCCGUGGCCACACUGCCCCUGAACCUGGGCUUGUCUUUUGCUGACCUGCGCCGCAUGUAUUUGUUCCUCAAUAGUUCAGGACUUUUGGUUCUUCCCCAGACUGGACUCUGACACCUCACGCUUCCUGAAUUCCACUCUGUGCAAGUGUCUCUCUCUGACACUGUCGGCAUCCUGCACUCCCCUCUGAAAACACCCACGUUCUUUGGUCAGUGAUUUCUUAGGCUUCCCUCUGGUGUACCACCAGCAUCUAUAUGCCUUUGGUGUAAUUUAUCUCUUGAACACUGGUACUGUUCUUCCUCCUAGAAAGUAAUCUCUAGUGUGGAUUCUGCCCAGACAGGCUGACCUGGGAAAGUCACAGUGGAUCCUCCAUUCCUUCUCCAUUAUGAGUGUUCCAGUAUCCCCCAUCUCUCUCAAUCUGGUCACUUGCCUAUUUAGAUCUACCUCUUUUUCCUCUGUCUUGUCCGUCUCUAAGACCCACUACCAGACUGAACUUGCAGCAAGAAGGAUAAGGAGGCCAGGCAUGGUGGCUCACGCCUGUAAUCCCAACACUUUGAGAAACU